AUGGCGGCGCCCCCGAGCGGCCCGAACGCCGAGCCGCCGGCGCUCUCGGCGGCGCUGGCGGCCGACAUCAACGCGUCCUUCCCGCGGCCGGCCUCCGUCUUCCAGCUGGCGGGUGCGGCUCCGUCCGGCGGUCGCUUUGUGCUGCCGGACGUGGCGCUGCGCAAGGUGGUCAAGCGCCCCAUCUUCGAGAACUUUGACGAGACGGCGUACAACGUGAAGCCGCCGACGCAGAUGCUGCGCUUCAUCGACGCGCUGCGCUACCACAAGCCCACGCCCGAGGAGAGCGAGACGCUGAACCUCAGCAGCGCCACCGAGAGGAUCUACCUGCACGUGCUCAACGACAUUUUGAUGAUGUGUGGGGCGCGCAAGGGCGCGCGCUUCAGCUCGCUGGACGUGAACCGGCUGAGGAUAAUUGCGGAGGGACUGGAAGCGAGGUACCAGGCCGUGGACGAAACCUUUCGCGCGCUGCCCUCGGAGGUGAUGCGGUAUCGCUUCCCGGGCGUGAAGAAGCUGGAGGACGAUCCGUCGCACUUUGAGUUCCUCUCCAACCGACGUCGGAACAGCUUGGUGGGGAUGGAGUCGCUGGACUCGGAGACGCAGGUGAGGCGGCAGGCCUUCCACUUCCAGUGGCUGGCGCGGCAGUACGUGGUGACGUUCGCUCAGUUGAAGUCGGCGAUGCUCGAGAUCUGCGAACGCGUCCAGAAGGACAUGGCCGAAGCGGGGGCCAUGUCAGCCCCGACACUCGCUGAUAUCAACGAUGCAGUAGAAGCAGAGUUUGAGGCGAAGACGCACCGGCCGUUCCCGACGUUCCUCUUCGUGCUCAUCCAGAAGUACCAUCGCGAGCGGCGCAACAAGAGCACAGCGUGGAGCACCGACUCCGAUGAGCCGCCCGUAGACUCCAUCGGGCAGUUUGCCCUCUAUUUAUCCAGCGUGUUGCUCCAGCCCGCCCCCAUGACGGUUGCAGAGCUGCACAGUGUCCAAGUGCUGCUGCAAGUUGUGAAAGCGCAGUUCCGGGUAGACUACCACUCGAUGGUGCUCGUCGUGACAAGGGUAGUACAAGCAGAUGGCCAAGUGAUCGUGAAUACGUCGUCAACAUCAUGUUUAGAUAGCGGAGCAAAUGGCGUCGAGCGGCCAUCGAGACAUUCUCGACGCGACGGCGACGUGCGCGUGCUGACCCACGACGCGCUGGGGUCUCUGCUUUUUGCCUUUUUGACGACCGUCCGCGAGCUGCGACUGGUACCGCGCGAGAAAGAGCUUCUAAGCCGCGGGAAGAAGACAACUACCAAGAGGAAGAAGGAGGAGAUGCCGGCAAGGCCCGUGAAUCCGUCGAUAAGAUAG